AGCUGGCAUGUGGCCCCCUGACCUUGGGCCUCCAGAUGUGCAGCUGACUUAUCCUGGUUUUGGCAGUGUGUUUGAGGAUCUCCAAGAUCUUCGGGCCUCUGGGGGCUUCUGCCAACCUCAUUCAGGAGGCCUGUGCUCCCUUACUAGAACCUCGCUGGGAUGUGACCUCCACUCCCCGCGCAGCUGCAAGACAGCAGAGCCUCACAUUGUGAAGAUCGUGGAGGACUUUGUCACCACAGCUCAAACUGACCCAAAAACCUGCACCAAGAGGGUCAGCUGCAACCCUCAGCCUUCCAUUCCAGUUUCCUACAUGUUCACGAGCUGUGCCAAAUCUCCAUCUUUUGAAUCUUCACCUUCCUCCCUUUCUUCCUCCUCCUCCUCAUCUCUUCUUCUUACCCCUGGCUUGCCUCUUUCUGAUGAAUUCCCCCAGCAGCAACAGAACCUACAGGAGGAGUACCGCCGCAUAAAACAAGAACCUCCAGACGAUUUGUUGCCGUGCAAAAGGGAGCCGUUUCAAGCGAACCAUCAGCAGGGGGAGCUGUUUCUUCUGGGCCAACCUCCUCAGGACAGAAACCAGUCCCCUCUUCGUGGUCCCAGACCUGCAGGACAAGACCUGCCGCCAGACCAGCAUGAGCAGUCGUGUCACUGGAUCGACUGCAGCGUCGCCUACAGCAGCCAGGAGGAGCUGGUGAGGCACAUCGAGAAGGUGCACAUCGACCAGCGGAAAGGGGAGGAGUUUGCGUGUUUCUGGACCGGAUGUGUGCGGCGGCACAAACCCUUCAACGCUCGUUACAAACUGCUCAUCCACAUGAGGGUCCAUUCUGGAGAAAAACCCAAUAAAUGCAUGUUUGAGGGCUGCUCCAAGGCAUUUUCUCGUCUGGAGAACCUGAAGAUCCACCUGAGAAGCCACACAGGAGAGAAACCAUACAUCUGUCAGCACCCCGGCUGCCUGAAGGCCUUCAGCAACUCCAGUGACCGGGCCAAACACCAGCGCACACACCUGGACACGAAGCCGUACGCCUGUCAGGUCCCAGGAUGCACCAAGCGUUACACCGAUCCCAGCUCGUUACGAAAACACGUCAAGGCUCAUUCUACCAAAGGCCUGCAAGACAAGGAGAUCAAGACCAACGGUCACACCUUGCUGGAAUCGGACGUCUUGAGUGAUUGUUUGGCACGGCAGCACCUCCACAGCUCGCCUUUACCAGCCUUAGACGACUUUGCAGGUGUGUAUUCUAACAGCAACACGACCCACAGCAGAGUAAAUCCAGAGUUUCUUCCUCCGUCUGCUGAUGCUCCCUCCUGCUAUCCGGGCCUGGAGGGAAACUUCGACGCCAACAGUCCGGUGUCUUCAUCCACAAGCCUCGGCAACGUGAGAGACGGGCACAGACCAGCGUCUUUGUUCGGGUCCCCUGACGUCGUCCCAGUGAGUUCGUCCUCAGAGAGACGGGACGUCCAACUGCAGGGCUUCCAGAAACCCUACAGCCACCAGCAGCAGGCGGUGUUCCUGCAGCAGCAACAAGACUGUUUGUACGGAGAAGUGGUUCCCCCGGUGAGCAACGGAGGCUUUGAACCAGCUACUUACUUCACAGAUUCACCUGCUGCAGGUUUCAACCUGCUGCAGGACCUUCAGGGCCAAGUGGAGGAGCGAUACCCCUCGUCUCCCUGCCCGGAGGACAGCUUCCUCUUUCAGACAGGAGGGGUGGACCGCUGCCUCAGUCAGUUCUACUCCAUUUACUUAGACUCAUGAUGGAAAACGAAGCAAAAAAAAAAAAAACUAAAGAUUUCCAUGAAAAGAGAAGAAAGUGUGACACAGAGUGUGGCGUCCAUCCCAUCAUCACGUCUGCCGUACAACACGCUGCAGGUUUCAGGAACAAUUUGUCUCGUUGUUCUUAGCAGAUUUAAGGUUUUAUUGGUAGAAAAAAACCUGAAGGAUCAAAACCUUCAGCCAACAGGAAACUUGGAAACAAUACAAAAGGAUAUAGAAGAGCUGCAUCUGAGAUCAGGAUAGAAGAAGUUAUACACAAAAAUAUUUUCCUCUGUCACUUCCAUCAGGUCAGACUCAACUAGAGGAGAAUCCUGCCUUCAACUU